UAUUCUUACUACAGGGCAACCAUAGAUGAAGUGGAAACAGAUGUGGUGGAGAUAGAAGCAAAGCUUGACAAGCUGGUGAAGCUAUGCAGUGGAAUGAUUGAGGCUGGGAAAGCCUACAUCACCACCAACAAACACUUUGUCAGUGGGGUCCGAGACCUGUCUCAACAAUGCAAGAAGGACGAAAUGAUUUCAGAGUGCCUUGACAAAUUUGGAGACAGCCUGCAGGAAAUGAUUAACUAUCACAUGAUCCUUUUUGACCAGGCUCAGAGGUCAGUCCGACAACAACUGCACAACUUUGUGAAAGAUGACGUUCGGAAGUUCAAGGAAACGAAGAAGCAGUUUGACAAGGUGCGAGAGGACAUGGAGAUCUCUCUGGUGAAGAAUGCGCAGGCGCCACGGCACAAGCCCCAUGAAGUGGAGGAAGCAACGGGCACCCUGACCAUCACCAGGAAGUGCUUUCGACACCUGGCCUUAGACUAUGUAUUACAGAUCAAUGUGCUACAAGCUAAGAAGAAAUUUGAAAUACUGGAUGCGAUGCUGUCUUUCAUGCAAGCCCAGUACACUUUUUUCCAGCAGGGAUACAGCCUUCUUCAUGAACUUGAUCCUUACAUGAAGAAACUAGCCACUGAGCUGGACCAGCUGGUGAUUGACUCUGCUGUGGAGAAGAGGGAGAUGGAGCACAAGCAUGCACUGAUACAGCAGAGGACUCUCCUGCAGGACUUCUCCUAUGAUGACUCCAAGGUGGAAUUUAACGUUGAUGCCCCCAAUGGAGUGGUGAUGGAAGGCUACCUCUUCAAGCGAGCAAGCAAUGCUUUCAAAACGUGGAACCGGAGGUGGUUCUCCAUACAGAACAGCCAGCUGGUAUACCAGAAGAAGCUAAAGGAUGUCCUCACGGUAGUGGUGGAAGACCUGCGUCUCUGUACUGUCAAGCCCUGUGAAGAUAUAGAAAGGAGGUUUUGCUUUGAGGUUGUCUCCCCUACCAAAAGCUGCAUGCUGCAAGCCGACUCGGAGAAGCUGCGCCAGGCCUGGAUCCAGGCGGUUCAGGCAAGCAUUGCCUCCGCAUACCGGGAGAGCCCUGACAGCUACUACAUCGAAAGACUGGACCGGACUGCCUCCCCAUCUACUAGUAGCAUUGACUCUGCCACGGACUCCCGGGAUCGCAACGUGAAGGGAGAGACCAUCCUGCAGAGGGUCCAGAGCAUUCCUGGAAAUGACCAGUGCUGUGAUUGUGGUCAGUCGGAUCCCCGGUGGGCCAGUAUCAACCUGGGCAUUCUGCUGUGCAUCGAGUGCUCUGGGAUCCACAGGAGUCUGGGCGUUCACUGUUCCAAGGUCCGAUCUCUCACGCUGGAUUCCUGGGAGCCAGAGUUACUGAAACUGAUGUGUGAGCUGGGGAACACCACCAUGAAUCAGAUUUAUGAAGCACAGUGUGAAGAGCUGGGACUGAAGAAGCCCACGUCAGGGAGCUCCCGACAAGACAAGGAAGCCUGGAUCAAGGUCAAAUACGUGGAGAAGAAAUUCCUGAAGAAGCUGCCUAACACUGAGGCCCUGGUGGACAACGAGAGGAAACCCCGGCGCUGGAGCGUGAAGAAGUGCCAGCGGCACAACAGCACCACAAAAGCACCCACAGCUCGCAGGAAGUACCGCCACGAGGCAGGAAAUGCAUCGCCGGCAGCACUGUCAUCAGCUGCCACACUGGAGAGGAAAUUCCGGCGAGACUCUCUCUUCUGCCCGGAUGAGCUGGACUCCCUCUUCUCCUACUUUGACACAGGCGCCGGCUCUGGACCACGCAGUGCCAGCCACAUCUCUAUGCAGCACCCGCUAGGAGCUGGCCCAUGGAGUGGCAGUGGCAUUGGUCCCGGUGGGAGCGGUAUGCCGUUCCUCCUGGACGGAGGUCUGAGCAGCGACAGUGGGCUGGGAGGCAGCACUGACGGCAGCACUGAUGUCCUGGUGUUUGGCUCAGUGGUGGACAGUGUCACGGAGGAAGAGUGUGAAGUGUCAGAGGAGUCUAGCGGCGAGGCAGAGAUUGAACAGGAGGCCUCGGACCUGGAGGACCUACGGGAAUUGCACCCCGGCUUGCUGGUUUACAAGGCAGCCCGGGCCCGGAACCUGCCUCUCAUGGCAGAGGCUUUGGCUCACGGUGCAGAAGUCAACUGGGUGAAUGACGAAGAUGAAAACAAAACUCCUCUGGUUCAAGCUGUGAUGGGGGGCUCCUUGAUAGCCUGUGAAUUCUUGCUCCAGAAUGGAGCAGAUGUUAACCAAAGAGAUAUACGGGGCCGGGCUCCUCUGCACCAUGCCACAUACCUGGGCCACACUGGCCAGGUCUGCUUGUUCCUAAAGCGGGGAGCCAACCAGCAUGCAGUGGAUGAGGAUGGGCAGGACCCUCUCAGCAUUGCAGUCCAGGCGGCCAAUGCAGACAUAGUCACCUUGCUGCGUCUGGCUCGGAUGAAUGAGGAAAUGAGAGAAGCUGAGGGCCCCUUUGGACAACCAGGUCAAUAUCCCAGCAACAGCCCCACUGAGCUCCAGUACAGGAAGUGUAUACAGGAGUUCAUCAGCCUUAAUAUAGAUGAGUGUUAGUGACAACUCCCUCCCCUGCCUCCCCUUUCCAUCUUGAGUGGGCUGAAUUUAGGGAAGCCCACGGAGCCCCACCCUUGGCAUAUUGGUGUUUCUUGCAGAUUGGCCUCGUUCUGAUGCCUACGGCAGAUAGGUCAAGCUCCGCACAGGAGGGAGAGGGGCCUUUCUGGCUAGCGUAUAAUUGUCAUGCUUGACUACAGGAUGGUUAUUUUCACGUAGGAGCUUAUUCAGGGCGUACCACAGACUGUGGCUCGUGGGUUUGGGUGUGCAGUGAGUGCACGAGACUGGAGCUUAGUGUAAAAGAAAUAAAAAGAAAAUCCUGUAACGCCAGAAGAAAAUCACCAACGCUACGAGUGAAUGCUGUGUUCAGAACCUGUUGUCUAUCUCCAGCGGUCUAGAUUGACCGUACCCUGAAUUACCGUGUGAACAAAGUUUGUUUGGGAAGGAUUCCCUUGCUGGAGCCCUCUCUUACCAAUGGUGGUCAGCAACUUGAAAUGCUCGUUGUCCAUAGGAUGACCACAAGGUUUGGAAGCUGCCGGGUCUGGUCAGAAUGCUAAAGCCUGGACUCAGUCUGGAACAGGCCAACUGGGGGUGAUGGUCCUUUGCUACAGAAGGACACGAUAGAAGGGGUAGGAAUGAGAGACCUUAUAUGCUCUCAGGUUUAUACCAGCAAAGCUCCCUUUUUUUAGCUGGUGGUAGCUAGCUGGUCAAAGCCAUAGCUCAUCUGCUUCCCGGACUAGGAUACGAUCUGUUGAGUGUAACGGAAGCAGCCGUGCACAUUUUUUGAGGUUAGGAGAGGCUCGUCGCUGGCGAUGGGCGUUGUGCCAGGGAACAGAAAUCAAAUCAGGCUCCCACCGCCUGAGUGGCUACCUGCAAACAUUAACGUGAGCAUCUGGGGUUUUUUUCCUGGUCACUUCAGAUUUCCUACUUAGCAUUUCUGUGAAAGGGAUUUCUACUUGCAUGCGUGUUGCUAAAUGCUGUCGUCCUUCAUGGUGAUGCAUGCGAGCAGGGCAUCUCCACAGCAGAGCCGGGGAAUCCAGGUUUCCUUGAUCCCGCUGAUCAGUGGGACAGUUUUUGUGUGGUUCUGUUUCCUUUUUUUGCUGGAGUGGGGACCUGCUCUUUACUGGGAGCACUUUGGUUCUUUUUUAUGGGCUGUGUUUUUGGGGCACUCGUGGUGUCUCUGCAGAGACAUGGUGCCCGUGCUGUAAUUUCUUUGGAGGGCUUAAGAGAUCGGGUGUAAAAUUGGCUGCCCUCUGCCUCUGACUGUGAAUUACCAUGCAAAGCCUGGCUGUGCCUCUCUACGAGCCCAGGCCUGUAAAGUGCUGAGUGCCCUCACCUGCCUUUUUUUUGAAGUCAGUGGUGUCUAGGGGCUCUUAGUGCUUCACAGGAAGAGCUUGGGAUUGCGGAGGAUCCGGAUCUGAGUGAGGAGCACAAGAAGCCAGGAAGAUGCCCCUAGUUCCUGUCCCCUCUGUGAGGUUAGCUGUGAUACACUACAACACUUUCCUCUUCCCAUGACUUACUACUUCACUAAAAGCCUUUCUCUGUAUGCCAGCUCCUCUCAGGUUGCUGCCCAGGGUAACGCACACAAUCUGCUGGUCGCUCUUGGCCCUUGGAUGCUACACACGUCAGCAGCCACCAUGCCAGUCAGUGCUACACCACCAACACUGCAAUAGCAAAGAAACUCCUUCCCCCUUUCAGCUUAAGGGCUGGAUCCUGCUCUGUUGGAAGGCAAUGAAAGUGUUGCCACUGGAUCCUUGGAGGCUGGCUAGGGCUAUGCCUCUGGAUUUGGGCCACCCGCUUCCUGGGUUUCUACUGGUCUCAUGGCUUCUUUCCUGUCUUCCCGUUGGGAUCAUGGGAUGCCCAUGCCCUGUUCUCAUCUCAGUUAAACCCACGUGCUAUAGAUUCAGAAUAACCCUGUGGAUGCUGCUUUGACCAAACUUUGAAUCUGGACAAAAACAAGCCAAGCCCUCGUUCAGACUCUGUUGUCCUGCGCUAUAUCUUCUCCAUCUGCGCAUUCAUCCUUGGGUCACAGGGCACAGAGACCACAUCUGUGCUCUUUAUGUAACAAGGCUGGAUUACUUGACCCUUCAGCCUUUAUGUAUUCCUUGUAACUUCCUGCCAUUUGCCUUUGGUGGGGCCCAGAGUAUAUAGCUUGCCACCUUGAAUCACUCAGCGCCCAGUCUUGGCCAGCCAAGCAAUCCUUUCUCCCUCAGGACUUUUUCCUAGGUCAGCACUGAGCAAAGGCUUUGCAAUGGGCUUCUGGACCAUAGCAGAGGCCACAUGCCACAGACUUUACUAUUCCAUACUGAGACAUCACACCCACUGGCUUCACCAGGACUGCUUGCAGCAUUGUGUGUGGUCACUGGUUACCACUGCAGUUCAGAGAAAAGGCAUUGGUACGUAGGCUUGUAAUUCGUGGUGCUAAAUGCUGUCCUUCAUUUGCUAUCUGCUCUGCCCUCAGUUCAAGACAAGCUCAGACUUGCUUUGUGUUCAGUACGGUGCCAAAGCUUUUAUUCAGCACUCCUCCACCAAGAAAGUCAUCUUCCCUCUGCAAAACACUUCAGGCCAGAUUCCUGUCAACUAGACAUCUAAGUGGACUAGGAUGCGCAAGUGCAAUCCUAUCCCACCCUGCAUAAACCCUUGAAAAUCCAUUACCACAUCUAUUUUUGUAACGUGCUGUCAUCUUAGCCUUAAGACUGAGUCACAAACAGCAGCAAGGAGGGACCCACCCACCUCCUGUAUUCAUUGAUUUUCAGGGACUCGAGAAGGGUAGAAGAGGGAUGGUAUCUGACCCUGUAAACAUCAGCUCAUCCAUAAAACAGGCAGGCCCCUUUGAACUCGGUAUGACUCUUUCCUCUGACACUUCCUACUUAGUAGCCCGAGUCUGCUCCCAUCAAUACCAGUGGGACUUCUGCUGUUGACUCCAGCGUGAGUAAGAUCAGGAGCUUGUUGAGCAAACCCACGGACUCACUGCCCCUCAGCAUGGAAGUCUCUGCUUGAAAAGAGGCUCCUUUCUGCAGAGCUUCUAUGCCGUAAGGGGCUGCCCAGCUGCCUCCCUGCUCUUCACCGUACAGUGAAAGAAUAUGAAUUGUGGACCACUCUGCCCCCAGCGCAGCAAGCCACACACUUAACUUCAGCAGGGGUACUGGCACACCUGUCCUGAGUCUUCUAGCCCAAUCUCGCAAAGCACUUAUGGACUCAGCGUGCGCAGGAUAAAGCAGGAUCCACCCAUAGGUAGUCAAAAACCUGCUGCGUUUCUUGAGUUAGGAACUAGGAGGACCCUCCGCAGCUCAGGCUAGCUGAUCAUCCCAUCCCAUUUGAAAGACCAAUCUGCGCAAUUUCAGACAUAUCUCCGCCGGGACGUGGUUUUCCCCAAGCCAUGUCUUCCUCCAGAAAAAGACAAUACUGAAUCAAAACCAGGACAUGUCAGGGUGCUUCAAAAUCUUGGAAAAGGAAUAAGAAACAUCUUAGUAGGAAACAUUCCUGCUCUUGCUCAGCAUUCACAAAACUCAUCACGGUAGUGAAAUGGCGCUCUCAUGUAGUGCGUGUUAAAUGGCCCUGAUCAGCUUUCCAUCUCUUUGACAGGAGUUAGAAAUAUAUUGGUAGAUCCUUUCUAUAAACCAGUCAGAACCGAAGGCGAGGCUUCCAGUCCAGGCCAUUUUAUUUCACAGUCAGCGUUACCGACUCAUGAGAACAAUAUAGAAACUCUGUACAGUUUGGCACAUAUAAGCUUGGAUUCUCUCACUGCCGAGGUACACGCGGUUAAAGAAUAUGUAAAUACUGAAGCAAAAAGCAGUGCGUCUGUCAAGACAAUUUAUCUAUUUAAAAUGUAUUGGUACUUUAUUUAGAUUCAAUGUAUAAAGCAACUUUGUGCACUUUUCCUACUUACAGUAUUGGGGUUUUUUUUAUGUUCUUUUGUUAUGGAUUUUGUGCUGUCUUUUUUAAUUGGUGAAAUUUGUUAAGUAUUUAAUUUAUUAUUGAUACGCCCAGAGGACUAGUGCAAUUUUUAUUCAAUACAGUUUGGCUGUAUUUAAUGUCAGGAUUUUUUUUUAACGUGGCUAGGGCAUUUUUUUUUUUAAAUCCACCUCUUCUCUCCCCCCGUCUUUUUUUUCUUUUCCUUUUCUUUAUUUUUCCAUUACAUGGAUUGUGAGGCACGUGACGCCUUGCAGCUUGAAAGACAGUAUAACACUAAACAAAUCCUUGAGUUUCUAAAACAAAAAGUUCUCCAGGAAAAAGAAAUGUCUAAGAGGCAUUUAUCAAUUUUUCCCCCAUGUUUAUGUAUUUAUUUCUUGGAGUAUGUGUGUGUGUGUGCGUGCGUGUGCGCGCGCGUGUGUGUAUGCACAAAUUUGGAGAUUUGGGAGGGUCAGGGCAGAGGGAAAAUUGUACAUAAAGUUUGUUUUCAGCAAAGCAAAAGGCUAGUCAGGCUACAGGGAAGUCUAGACAUUAAGUCACUUAGGUUUCUUUCUUCUUGAAAUAGGGAUGUAUUUCUCUGUGUUGUACAAUCCUGUUGGCACUAUCUAAUGCCAAAAUUUCGCCCUUUUCGUUCUUCCUUCCAACUCUUCUUUUCAAAGACGUUACAUGUUACCUAAUACCUACCUGACAGUAACUUGGCUGCAACUACAAUUAAUAUUAAUAUUCAUUAAUAGAUUUGCCUUUGUCUAGAAAGCAACAUCCCAAGUAUCGUGUACAUGAAGGUGGGC